GUCCGCUCUGCCACGCAGCCGCAGAACGCUCGGUCCGGCCAGCACACCGCAGGAAGAGAGGCGACGCCCCCUGGAUCUCCGCAGCAACCCGGCCCGCCUCCCAGCCCGCCGGGCCCCAGAAGUGAUGAAAGCUGCGGCGGAGUCCCAGGCGCGCCGAAGCCGUUGCCCUUUUAAGGGGAAGCCUUGAAACGGCGCCCGGGUUCCAUGUUUGCAUCCGCCUCGCGGGGAGGAAACUCCAUGUUGUAACAAAGUUUCCUCCGCGCCCCCUCCCUCCCCCUCCCCCCGAGAACCUGGCUCCCCUCCCCUCCGAAGCUCGCGGGGAUCCCUCCCUCCCACCCUCCCCUCCCCCCCGCGCCCCGAUUCCGGCCCGAGCCGGGGGGGAGGCCGGGCGCCGGGGCCAGAGUCCGGCCGGAGCGGAGCGCGCCGGGCCCCAUGGACAGCUCGGCCGUCAUUACUCAGAUCAGCAAGGAGGAGGCGCGGGGCCCGCUGCGGGGCAAAGGUGACCAGAAGUCAGCAGUUUCCCAGAAGCCCCGGAGUCGGGGCAUCCUCCACUCCCUCUUCUGCUGUGUCUGCCGGGAUGAUGGGGAGCCCCUACCUGCCCACAGUGGGGCUCCCCUGCUGGUGGAGGAAAAUGGCGCCAUCCCUAAGCACACCCCAGUCCAGUACCUGCUUCCCGAGGCCAAGGCCCAGGACUCAGACAAGAUCUGCGUCGUCAUCGACCUGGACGAGACCCUGGUGCACAGCUCCUUCAAGCCAGUGAACAAUGCGGACUUCAUCAUCCCGGUGGAGAUAGAUGGAGUGGUCCACCAGGAAUGGGGUAUGGUUGGGGCAGCCUCUCUAGACUGCCCUUCCUCCUCCACUGUUCCUGUCCCCCUUUUGUGGAUCACCCCUAAGCCUGUUGGCCAGCAGCUCCCUCACUGGCUCGUUCCCCAGGUCUAUGUGCUGAAGCGGCCCCACGUAGAUGAGUUCCUACAGCGAAUGGGCGAGCUCUUUGAAUGUGUGCUGUUCACUGCCAGCCUUGCCAAGUACGCAGACCCUGUAGCUGAUCUGCUGGACAAGUGGGGAGCCUUCCGUGCCAGGCUGUUUCGAGAGUCGUGUGUCUUCCACCGGGGGAACUACGUAAAGGACCUGAGCAGGCUGGGCCGAGACCUGCGGCGAGUGCUCAUUCUAGACAACUCACCCGCCUCCUAUGUCUUCCAUCCAGACAAUGCCGUACCAGUGGCCUCGUGGUUUGACAACAUGAGUGACACUGAGCUACACGAUCUCUUACCCUUCUUUGAGCAACUCAGCCGCGUGGACGACGUAUACUCAGUGCUCAGACAGCCUAGGCCCGGGAGCUAGUGAGGUGUCCUGGGGCCAGGACCUGCCUCUCAUCAAGGCCCAAGCCUCUCCCCAGCAGACUGUGGGCGCCUGCCUUUGCUGUUAACACCCCCGGCUGUGUCAUGGUCACGGCCCUGGGGAAGAGGUGUCUCCCCUGCCAUGUUGCAUGGAGGACAGUGAGCCCUUGGGCCCCUGUGUCAGUGCCUUCAAACUUCUUCCCCUCUUCUCAGGGGACCUGGGGGGCCCUGCCUGCUGCUCCCCACUUCUGUCUUAUCCACGCUGCCAUGUUUCUCUGUUGCCAAAUUGGGCCUUUUCGCCCCAGUUCUGCUCUGGGGGUAGGGACAGGGUUUUUGCUGCCCCGUGCCUUGGAUUCCCCACCCACCCACCCACCCCCGUCUGAGAACAGUGGACACCCAAGUGCCUUUCAUAGAACCCUCUUUACUGGUCAGCUUUUCCCAGAUCUAGGCUGACCUGAGAGGAACCAAUUUCUCCCCUUUCCCUCCUCCCUCCUGGGAUGACGGUGCCCCACCAGUUUGUACGUGGGCAGGAGAGGAAGAAAGUCUAUUAUAAUACACUUGUAAAAGAGCUGGGGACCUUCCUCGGGAGGAACGCUCCCUGUCCAGCUUGUCCAAGGCUGAAGGCUGCUCCAUAUCUCACUUAAGCCCCAAGUCUCCCCAAAGCCCUGGGGCUCGGCAGGAUGCCCCCGUGGUGCCAUAUAAAUAUGUAUAUGUGUAUAUAGAUUUUGAAGGGAAGGAGAAAGGAAAGGGUGAGAACAAGACACUCUUCCUUAACCCUUCCCUGGGCCCAGAAAUUGGGGGAGGGAGGGAAAGGAUUUUUACAUUUUUAAAACUACUAUUUUUCUGAAUGGAACAAGCUGGGCUGAGGGGUCAGGUCGGGUCUUCUGUCUGUCCCAACCCUUUUUACUCUUCAUUCAAAAGACAUUUAUUGAGUACCUUCAGUGCCCAGCAGUGAGCUAGUCCCACCAGCUUAGUGGGAGGGGGUUGUCUCUGCUUCAUUUUUAGGUGCCUCUAAACCCCAGAUGUCACGUGCCUUCAGAGUAUCAACAGGGGGUGGAACCUUCUUGUGGGGUUAGGGAGUCUCCAAACCUUAACCAAGCUGGCUCCUCCUGUGCCAACUCCUCCUUCCCUGUUCCGUGCAGCCUCCUCCAUGGCCCCCCGCUGGCUGGGGGCAGCUCCUGGGUUUCUGCCUUCUGUUUUUAAAGCCCCUCCCCAUACCUGCAGAGUCUGCAGUUCAAGCCCUUAGGCUCUCUCCCCAGAUUAUGAGGGUUAAGUGAACCCACAAACAAGUGCCAAGGGGGUUGGUGAAGGGAGAGAAGAUGGCCGGAAUCAGAUGACCUUCCCAAUUAAGUGCCUUCUCUGUGACCUGAGCACCUCAGAGUGAUAACUAAAGAGAAAGCUAGACCCCCUCCUAUUCCGCCUCUGUGGUUUUUGGGGAAGGGACCUGAAGUGCGAGAAUGUCUCACAUCUGUGACUGCAGUUUUGACUAUUUUUCAUAACCCUGCUGGACAGGAGGAAGUUAGCCAAGAGGGACUGCCUGGGCACUCGAUCUGAGUUCGAUUGCUAGAGCCCACGUGAUGGAAAGAGAAAACGAACUCCCACAAGUUGUCCUCUGACCUCCUCACAUGCACCAUGGCACGAGCUCUACCCACCCCCCACCCCCAGAUACACGCACUCUAAACAAAUAAAAAAUACACAAAAAGCA